GCGCGUCCCCGGAGCGCUCCGGACCUCGCAGCAGGUAGGCGGUGGCCGCUGGUGACCCCUCCACGCCCUCCGACCCGUGCCCGGGCAGAACGCUCUCUUCCUCCUCGGCGCCGACGUGGUGGACACGGACUGGACGCCCCCUCCCGUGCCGGCGUCGGGGCAGCAAAGGGAGUCCCCACCCAGAGACGCGGAAGCAACCCUCCUGGCCAUGGGUGGGGCUGCAGUGGACGAGGGCCCACCGGGGGUCCCGGCCCCGGACGGUGGCUGGGGCUGGGCUGUGCUCCUGGGCUGUUUCGUCAUCACCGGCUUCUCCUACGCCUUCCCCAAGGCGGUCAGCGUCUUCUUCAAGGCUCUCAUGCAGGAGUUUGGCAUCGGCUACAGUGACACGGCCUGGAUCUCCUCCAUCCUGCUGGCCAUGCUCUAUGGGGCAGGCCCGCUGUGCAGCGUGUGUGUGAACCGCUUUGGCUGCCGGCCCGUCAUGCUGCUGGGCGGGCUCAUGGCGUCCCUGGGCAUGGUGAGCGCAUCCUUCUGCCGAAGCGCCCUUCAGCUCUACCUCACCACGGGUGUCCUGACCGGCCUAGGGCUCGCACUCACCUUCCAGCCAUCGCUCAUCAUGCUCAACCGCUACUUCAGCAAGAGGCGCCCCAUAGCCAACGGGCUGGCGGCCGCGGGCAGCCCCGUGUUCCUGUGUGCCCUGUCCCCACUGGGCCAGCUGCUGCAGGACCAAUACGGGUGGCGCGGUGGCUUCCUCAUCCUGGGCGGCAUGUUGCUUAACUGCUGUGUGUGCGCCGCGCUCAUGAGGCCAUUGGAGGCCGCCCUGAGGCCUGAGGCCCAGCGCCCGGGCAGGCGGCUGCUGGACCUGAGUGUCUUCAGGGACCGUGGCUUCGUCGUCUACAGCCUGGCUGCCUCCGUCAUGGUGCUGGGGCUCUUCGUGCCACCCGUGUUCGUGGUGAACUAUGCCAAGGACAUGGGUGUGCCUGACGCCCAGGCUGCCUUCCUGCUCACUGUGCUUGGCUGUAUCGACAUCUUUGCCCGGCCCCUGGCUGGCAUCAUCGCCGGGCAGCGCCGGGUGAGGCCCUAUGCCCUCUACCUCUUCAGCUUCGCCAUGUUCUUUAAUGGCUUCACCGACCUCACUGGCUCCACAGCCCGUGACUACGUCGGCCUGGUGGUCUUCUGUGUCUUCUUUGGCAUCUCCUACGGCAUGGUGGGUGCCCUGCAGUUCGAGGUGCUCAUGGCUGUCGUGGGCACUCACAAGUUUUCGAGUGCCAUCGGGCUAGUGCUACUGCUGGAGGCUGUGGCCGUGCUCAUUGGGCCCCCGUCAGGAGGUAGGCUGCUGGAUGCCACUGGCGUGUACCAGAACGUGUUCCUGCUGGCGGGGGCCGAGGUGCUGGCCGCCUCCCUGGUGCUGGUGCUGGGCAGCUACUUCUGUGUGGUGCAGCGGCCGGUGGCCACCGUGCAGGAGCCCCCGGAGGAGCCAGGGGUGGGCAUGCGUGAGGUGCGGCACUUGCCGGAGGCCCAGCCUGAGAACAGGGAGAUGGCUGCAAGCCCUGAGACAAGCGUGUGAGGCGCAGGCAGCAGGCAGAGGCCGUGGCCUGGGGUUUAGCUUCACUCAGGCCUGUGCCUCGUUUUCAGGGCAAAAGUGGGAUGGGAACAACACGGUUCCAAAGCAGACCUGUGGUGGAGCCGAGUGUCAAGGUCACCAGAUGCCCGUGCCAGGUCCCCCACAGCUGACCCCCCAAGCACCCGCUGGGCUGGCUCAAGGACCUAGAAACCCAUGCUUCGAGACAACACUUUAAUCUGGGUGAGGGCCCUACCUGCUAGCCUGCUGCCCCACGGGGAACCCAACCUGUUCCUCUUGUCGAGGGCACGGAUUCCCCCGCACCUCGGAGAGCCGCUAAGAGCCUGGGAGGGGCAACACGUCCCAGCCAGAGCAGUGGCUGGACC